AUGAGCGAUCGUUUCCCAUUAGAGGAUAGCGAUGGGCUAUUAUUUUCAUUAGAGAGCGAGGCCAAUAACGAACGCCGGGAUGUUGAAACUUCCCCUUCGAUACGUGAGCCAAGCAGACAUCAGAAUAUCGAACCUAAUAUCUUUGAUGGCUUGGAGGAUUUUAGAGUUGAUCCAUGGUUCUCCAAUCUGGAUACUGCUCACGAAAGUACUGGCGAGAAGCGUGAAGUGAGUAGUAGUGAUGGCAGUAGCGCCGGCCAGGUCGGAAAUAGUUCGGGAACCAGUGGAAGCACUGGAACAAAUGGCACAUUACUCGUUAAUUCAGAUACCCUAUUGGGGGACGCACAGAAAAAUAUUAAAGACCUCGGAUCUUCCGAUGAGAACACUCAGCAAAGAUCUUCCAUUUCCACUUAUAUCAAAAGAGAGCCUGUUGAAGAGGAUGCUUUCGACGAUGUAUCGUUGGUUAACUCUGUUGAUUCGGCCGCGUCCAUUGUAUCUGAGGCUUCUUUAUUCAAUGGGGUCACAGAUCUUGCUACAGACACGGAUCCCCUAACAACACUUGAGGGUUCCUCUUCGAGUGCCGAGGCCGUAUCAGCUUCCAGGCCAGUGUCAAGUUCAUCUAGUGGACAGCUCUUUUCUAGUCAGCAGUCAUCAUAUGGUUCUACCAGUUCUUUUUCCACAGGAUUUAGCAAAGUGGGAAAGCCCCAACGUGAUAGAUUUUCUCAUAACAUCAUCGAGAGAAAAUAUAGAACCAAUAUCAAUGCAAAACUCAGUGAACUACGUAACGCUGUGCCAACACUCAGGGCUGCAGAUGCUUCCACCACUGGGGGCCAAAUUAAUUUUGCGCAGCUUGAAGGUCUUACACCAGCAAGCAGGUUAAACAAGGCUAGUGUUUUUACCAAAGCCACUGAGUAUAUUCGUCAUUUAGAGUCAAAGAAUUAUGCACUGAUAGGGGAAAUUAACAUACUCAGAAGAAUUAUCAGUCAUCACAACAUAUGUCUUCCUCCUGAAUUAGAAGAGCUUCCAGAAAUCAGAAGAAAUCAAUCCUUACCGCAGUUCAUCAAUUAUGGAAAAUCGGAGGGGCCGCAUACUCGUCAAUUCACGAUGUCUCAAUCUGCUUCACAAUCGUCUUCACAAUCAUCUUCGCAAUAA